GUCGUUAACUCUGCAGAUGUUGCUCUGAAGCUGUUGCUCUGAACCAUGGGCGACCCUCUCCAGCCUCCAGUGCCCUUUGACGACUUUACUUUCUCUUUCGAUCCUGCUCUCCACAACCUCUUCCCGUCUCCUCCGCCCUUGCCAUCUUCAGCAGAUCUCUUCUCACCCUCAGAAACAACUGACUUGCUCGGCUUUCUCGAGAACUUCAGUUGGGAUGUCGAAGCAGAAACACAGGAUCGUCCACAGUCCGGUACCCCACAAGUAGCACCAUCAAAUUCAUCAAACAAUGCACAACCAUCGACUUCGAGCAAUCAAAGUCCAAUGAACGUUCCCAACAGUCCGCAGCUAGCAGUAGUAGCGUCCUCAGGAGGAACCCCAUCUGUCAGUGAAACAUCACCCACACCUCCACCCGCACAACCUAUAUCUUCCGCUCAACGACCUAAACCACUCCUUUCAACACCUCAGAAACGACUUAAUCAUAUCAUGUCCGAGCAGAAACGCCGUAACGCCAUUCGCGAUGGAUACGUCCAGCUCACUACACUACUUGCUCCCGCUGGGGCGCCUCCAGGAACAGGUAUGCCCACACGCGGUCGUCCUAAAGGCAGCAGUAGUAGGAAUGGUGGCAGAGGCGACGGGAAAGGGGGUGUUGCUUUCAAGGGCAAGAGUGGGAUUCUCUUUAGGGCGGUGGAAUAUGUGAAAUGGCUUGAAGAAAGCAGGGAUGCGUUGCUUGCUGAAGUCGCAAAGGUGGAAACAGCUGCAGGGAUCCAUCGCUCAUGAUAUUGGUGGUGGUGGACAGGAUCCUGUUGAUGCUUUUGAUUCCGUCUUGCUCUGCCACAAUACCCUUGCUUGCUUGCUUUCGAUCACCCAUCAUCGCUCAUUCCUCACUCCCACCCUUCUUACCCGCAUACACCCAGCACUUGCAUUCGCAUUUAAUUUAUGGUCUCUUUAUAGCCCUCUCAUUCCAUUGUAUCAUUACCUUGCAUCCGAUAUCCAAGGAAAUUGUAAUACACUGUAACCAUGCACUGG